AUGGGCUUUUUAACAGUGUGUUUCUUGGUAUUAGCGGCGAAUGGAUGGGUAUGGGGAGAACAACAAGUAGAUUGGAUAGAAACGCCGACCAAGGAGAUAAAGUCUUGUUUAUCGCCGGAUUUGGAACAUGAAGUAAGUGUUUUUUCUUUUUUAUUUGUUUUUAGGCGUGUUUACUUUGAAUUUGAUAUUCAGUUGCAUAAAAACAAUCUCCUGGACUUUUUUUUAAAUAUUAAACUGAAGAUGUUAUUUGAUUAUAACUUAAAAAUGCUUGUUUAACUUUUGUUUUUGAUGAAUUGUUAAUGGAAAACCUAAAAAAAAAGACAACAUUUGAUAACAAUAUGUGUAAAACAAUAGAAUUUACUUUUAGGAACAUGAGACGUGUCGAUUUUAUUCAGCGGUAAUCGACGCUGGUUCUACUGGAUCUCGGCUUCAUUUAUUUGAGUUCUCACAUGAUCCAGCUCAAGAGCACAGCCCGUUUAAACUGGAAUCAGAGACUUUUAGACAGGUAAGACAAGAUUGACGUUUUGUCAUUGAGUUUGAUGUCUUUAUUGCUCCAGUUUUGAAAAAAUUAUCGAUAAUCUAUAUUUUUUGGUAUCUAAAUUAAUUUUUUAUAAGCUAGAUGAAUUUUUUGCAGUUAAUUUUGGUUUUCUAAAAGUUAAUGUACAUCAAACUUAUAGACAAACCCUGGCUUAUCAUCUUAUGCAGCCGAUCCAUCAAAAGCAGCUGCCAGUAUAAAGUAUUUGAUAGACGAAGCCAGGAAGAAAGUACCAAAAGGGCUGUGGAAUCAUACGCCUAUUGUGAUGAAAGCUACAGCUGGAUUAAGGCUUUUGCCGUCAGAUGAAAGCGAUCGUAUCUUAUUUGAAGUUGAAGCUGUAGUUCAGAAGAGUGGACUGUUAACUGAAGCUGAAAGUGUUGGAAUCUUGUCUGGAAUAGACGAAGGAGUAUUCGGAUGGUUUACAUUAAACUUUUUGACUGAUAAGAUGCAGUUUAUUCGAGGCGAUGGUAAGAUAUUUGUUUUUUUUUGUUAUUUUAGGUGUUUAAAGCUUAGAUGAGGGAUUUAAUUUUUUUUUGGUUUUACACUAGAUUUCUAGAGAGGUUUUUAAAAUUUUGAGACUACUUGUUACAAGAUGAGUCAAGUUAUUACCUAAAAUCAUUAUUUUAGCUCAAAAAACAGCUGUAGCUCUGGAUCUGGGUGGUGGAUCAACACAAGUUACUUUUAUGCCGACAAACCCAGAAGAAGCCUUUACAGCAGGUGCUGUUGAAGAUGAAUUUGGACAUCAACUCAAAAUAUUUGGCCAAAAACUUCGUCUCUACACUCAUAGUUAUCUGGGUAAUGGACUGAUUGCUGCUAGACUUGGAAUGGCCAGGUUAAACAAUGAUAAGGAGACUGACUUGGAUGUAGACUGCUUUCCUAAAGGUUAUGUUAUGAAAAACUGGGAUUAUGCUGGAAAGAAUUGGACUUUAAGGUUGGUUUUCAGGGGUUUUUAGGCAUGGGUAUGCUUUUGAAGGUUGUGAAGGUUUAGGGCUGUUCAAACUGGGAUUUAUUCUAGAUAUCAAGCCUAAUAUAAAAAUAAAUAUAAUUUCAGAGGAACAUCAUCAAAAUCCUUUAAAACCUGCAAACUUUUGGCCGACAAAUACGUCAAAAACACAAAUAUCCGACCGGUUGAAAGACUCAUCAACAAAUAUGAUAUCUACGUGUUUGCCUACUUCUUCGACCGAGCUGAGCAAGCUGGUUUGACGACGGGAAAAGAUCAAAAAGGUCGAUGGAUUAAAGUUGGAGAUUUCAAAAAUGCGGCCGAAAAGUUCUGCGCGUUAGAGGAGCACGAAUGGGGAACUGAACAUUGGAGACCGUUCCAGUGUAUGGAUCUCAGUUACAUAUACUCACUGUUGUCUACUGGCUAUGGGUUACAGGAUGACGUCAAGAUUCAUGUGGGUUUUUUGAUAUUUUUUAUAUUGUUAUGGGGAAAGAUGGUUAAUAUAGCAUAAAAUUCAGUGUAUUAAGCGUGGUAACUUAUGUAGUAUGAUGUUAUUGGUAUAAUAUGUUGAAUAUGCUAUCUAUUUUUUUACUUUGUAAAGGUUUUGUAUUAUUUUUAUAAAAUUAAACAAAAAAACAUGUUGUUAUAGGUUUCAAAGAAGUUAAAAUCAAUGGAAGUGUCAUGGGCACUGGGAGCUGGCUUCCAUUUAUUGAAUUCCUAUCACGAGAAUGCAAAACAAUCUUAUCAACCAUAUACUGAACUGUAUAAAACUAAAAAUGCGACCUAUGUCACGAGGAUAUAUAGUUAUUUAAGCGAGAAAACGACUGAUCUAUUGGUUGCUUUGAGGAUAAUAUCAUAG